AUGUCUGAUUACAGUAAUUGGGGUGGUGACACGCAUGUCGAAAGUUGGAGUGAUCCACGAACUGCUAAUGAAGGUUGGGGAGAAACACACACAAAUGAAGGAUGGGGUGUGUUACAAGCGGAUGAAAUAGAUGCCUUUAAUAGUUGGAUAGAUAAUAAUGAACAAAGUUGGAAUGGAACGAUAACACAAAACUCUGAGAUUCGAGAACGAACAGAGUUAUUAGCAGCAAUACAAAGUUCUCGGAAAAGCGUAGAACGAUCUUUUAUAAGUAACGAUCAACAGAGACCAAAGUUACAAAAUAACUUUCGAAAUCAGUACAAAAAACCGAAAUCACAUGAUAAUUACCGACCAUAUAAAACGGAAACGCAAGAAACAAGACCUAAAGUUUUUAACUCCAACUAUGAACAUCUCCAAAUUGUUACUCCAGAAACGCAAGUAUUUGAUAAAAGGUUAUUACCUUCAACGCUAACGCCGAUCGUUGAAGAAUGGGAAUACUCUAACACAAGAUGGGAAGAUGAUGUUACUUCUUCAUUUGAUGAUACUGUUGUUAAACAAAUUACCAUUCAACUCUCCCAAACGCAAAUUUCGCCGCAAACAUCGGAGCCACUGAAAAACGAUUCACAAGUUAAUGAUAUAUCUAACGUAGAAAAUGUGGAAAAACGCAAAGAAGUUGGUAAAAAUUUAUAUACUCAAUGUAUUGAUCUCGUAGCUAAAAGAAUAAAAGCGUUGAAUAAACGAUUGGCAAAGAUCGAGAAAUCCGAAGAAUUUUUACAAAAAGAUCCUAAAAAUAAAUCUAAGCUUAACAACGAUCAACUUCAAUCAAUCGAAAAAAAAGAACAAGUUAUUGGCGCAAUAAAAGAACUUGAAGAAAUUUAUAAAAAGAUAGUUAACAUUGAAGUUGAGGGAAAAACGAAUAAAAAGAGUAAAGCUGAUUGA